UCCAGCGCUCGCAGCUCCCGCAACACCCGGGGCCCCACUGCAGCCGGACUCCAACAUGGCGGCACCCGCGGGGCCACACGAACAGCUCCCAGCGGGACCCAGCGGGGACCAGCGGCCCUGAGCGGCCCGGGAUGGACAGGUCAUGUAGGAGAGCAGGUAUGCUAUGAAGAUGGGAAUUCUGGUGUUCAUGCGGAACGUGCUGCUUGCCCUGUCCCUGUUCUUGGUGCUGGGCUUUCUCUAUUACUCUGCAUGGAAGCUCCACCUUCUGCGCUGGGAAGACUCUCAUUCAGUCCUCCAUGCCUUUGACUCCGUUGGACACAGAUUAGGCCCAGGACGGAGAGAGAGGAAAUCUGGAACCCCGACCCUACCCUCAGCUGCCCCAUCGAGCCUUGCCGCGGACAGAAUCCAGAGGGAGCCCAAAGAGCCUGGGGUUGUACCGGUGCUGCCAGUUCUAAAAUAUGACCGUCUGGGCUUUCUGCUUAAAUUGGACUCUAAAAUACCAGCAGAACUUGCAACAAAAUACGCAAACUUUACUGAAGGCAUCUGCAAGCCGGGCUAUGCUUCCGCACUAAUGGCUGCCAUCUUUCCAAAGUUCUCCAAACCAGCACCAAUGUUCCUCGAUGACUCUUUCAGAAAAUGGGCCAAGAUCCGGGAGUAUGUCCCUCCAUUUGGAAUUAAAGGACAAGAUAACCUAAUCAAAGCAAUCUUAUCCGCCACAAAAGAAUACCGCCUAACGCCUGCGCUUGACAGCUUAAACUGUCGCCGAUGCAUUAUCGUAGGAAACGGAGGAGUGCUUGCCAACAAGUCUCUGGGAGCAAAAAUUGACGAGUUUGAAGUUGUUGUCAGGUUGAAUUCGGCCCCCGUAAAAGGCUUUGAAAAAGAUGUAGGAAGCAAAACAACUGUCCGAAUCACGUAUCCUGAAGGAGCCAUCCAGAAGCUGGAGCAGUACGAACGAGAUUCCCUGUUUGUCUUGGCUGGGUUUAAAUGGCAGGAUUUCAAAUGGCUGAAAUACAUCGUGUAUAAGGAGAAAGUGAGCGCGUCUGACGGAUUCUGGAAAUCAGUAGCCACACGCGUCCCACGUGAGCCACACGAAAUCCGUAUACUCAACCCAUACUUUAUCCAAGAGGCAGCUUUCAGCUUCAUUGGUUUACCGUUCAAUAAUGGACUGAUGGGACGAGGGAAUAUUCCAACUCUGGGCAGCGUGGCUAUUACUAUGGCACUCCAUAACUGUGACGAGGUGGCGGUGGCAGGAUUUGGGUACGAUAUGAACCUUCCCAAUGCCCCACUGCACUACUAUGAAACCAUUAAGAUGGCAGCCAUUAAGGAGUCUUGGACUCACAACAUCCAGAAGGAGAAGGAAUUCCUAAGGAAGCUUGUGAAGGCGCAUGUGAUUAAUGACCUCACUAGCGGCAUCUGAGGAUUGCUGUGUUAGCGAAUGCCAGUAGAAGCAGCCACUCAGCUGAGAAUGGACUCUCAUCAUUGCCAGGCUGAUCUUCAAACUCCUGAAGAAGGAAAGCAGACAGGCUUGCAUGCCUUACGAUGUCUGCCCUUCAACGCCGUGACUCGGAAUAAAACUCGGAAAAAGACAGAGGCCACAGGAACAGACCAUGAAGCAGCUUCCUUCCACCACACUCUCGUUUCAGAAGAACUUGUUUUUGUAGUAGUCAUGAAUUUAAUAUGGGAACUUAACGAAAACUUUUAUAGGUGGAAAAACAAUUUGUACCUCGUUUAGAACGUGAGGUGCGAUGGUGCAAAACAUGCAUUUGAAUGUAUGAAGUAUUAUAUUAGAUAGACGCAUGGGACUAUUAUGGGCAGGAGGAAGAGAUGUGAAUAGAUCGACCACCCACUAAGCUGUGCAUUGAAUGCACUGAGCCACAUAUCUCUGGCUGCUAUAUGCAGGAUCCUUCCCUUGUGACUCGAUCGGACCGUCCAGGGGUUGGGCAUUGUUGGUGCUGCUAUUAUGUAGAUGGACAAAUGUUUGCUCUAUCAAUUUGUCUGUCUUUAAAGAGUAUUUUAAAAUGUUCAGUGGGGUGGGGGCUGGGGGGGCAACCUGGUUACCUAUAUGCUCUAAUCAUGGAUCAGUGUUACAAUAUUGCCGUUGAUCAGUGUUUAAAACCUCGGCACCUGGAACAAGGCUCCGCCCUUCGCGUUAGCUUUCAGUGCCGGAGGUCAGGCAAACAUUCACGGAGAAACAAUGGGUUGUUGCUCAUCCCCUCCGGCAGUGAAAGGAUUUAAAAGGGCGGACUACUCACUUUGUGCGCACAUAGAUGCCAGGCAUGGCUUAUGAUCCAAGGUGUAUGUGACUAAUGCAUUAAGCGUCAGCAGUCAGUAGGUUUUAUAUCAUGUACGACUCACCCGGCCAGCACGACACGCCACCAGAUCUGCACUCAAUCUGGGGCAAAAGAAAUGAAAAUUCAUUUCAACCUGAAAUCAAGCCAUGAAGUAGAUUUUAUCAUUAAACUCCAUACUGUGCUGCACUGUCUGUUUCGUCUGUCCAGAUUGUAUUUCCUGUCCGUCUGUCCUGUGAUUGUCAGUUGUGUGAAACACGUUAGAAGCCCAUUUUCUGGUAACAUUUGCCUGUUUUAUAAAAACAAGUGUUAUUUUGCAUUUGUAAUGGAUUACUGUAGGAGCUUCCCAGAAUGAUUUUGGACAGAAAGUGAAGACUGUCACAUCAAGUGACGAUGUAAUACCACAUUUGAGGGUGAAAACUAGUCAGACCGGUAGCAAUCAGUUUUCCAGCUCAUGUUGUUAAUUUACACUUUCCAUAGAUUUUAUUCACUAAACUGCAAAUUGAAUUGCAAGCUUCAGACCAAAUUAACGGAGUUGGAAAAGCCUUCAGUUUAUUUAAUCAGAAUUUUACAAUAAUGUUUCCAAUUCAACACAAUUUACUGUUUGUGAAUGAACCCACAUGUGUAUGUGUCAGUCUGAGAGACUUAGAAAGAAAAUACUACAUCCAUAUAUUCAGCCACAUUUUAUAAAUAUCUUAAUUAAAGCUGCUAUUAAAACAUUCUGAGGCUGAUUUCCUAAACUCGGAAUAGUCAGGAAUUUACUAGAGAAUCGCAGGGUUUGGGAUAAGAUAAUCGAGCUGUAAAAAUAGAUUAGCUGCAGAAUUGCAUAGUUUUGACUAUUUUCACCUAAUAUGUCAAUUCUUAGCAUGUCCUGUUUUAGUAAAUAACCCCCAUUAAGGUUCCUGUUUGUAUAUAUGUUUCUAUUGCAGAGUUAGGAAGCAACAUUGAGUUCAGUGGAUGAAAAUGGUAUUAAAACGCACAUUGAAUGCAAAAUCACUUGGAGGGCGGAUCCUGAAUGUUUCAAAUAUCAUUUCUAUUUUCAAUGUUAAACGUGCCAUCAUAUCACAAUAUACUGCAAUCAGUGCUUUAUCACCAGGAAAGAUGGUGAAACACCUUUUUAUUUAAUAGGCGGUAUUUUAUUAGAAUUAAGGAGAAGCCUAAAUGUGCCAUCCUAUCGUUAGGAUCCAAAUUCUCUAAACCGGACAUUGACCAUUAUUUUCCCAGACAGUUUUUUUUUUUACUUAAAUGUGCAAAUCCCUGUCCGAUUACUGACAAUUUCUGUUACGUGAACAACCCCAGUAGUGAAGGGUUAAAAAAAUUACCCGAUCUGUAUAUUUAUUUAUUUAAUAAAGUCUUUUAAUCACCUUAAGUAUUAGAGGUUUCGAUAAGUUUCUGGUUUUGCCAUGGCUGCAAUAUUUAAAAUUUUUAA